AGCGAGAGGAGAGAGAGAGGAGUGGACAAAAAAAAAUGCGCUCAUCGAUGUAUCUCGAGGAUGACGACGACGAUACGAUGAUCGUUGCGACCGAUCGCAGUGGCGCAGCUGUUUGUUUACGUAAGAAGAGCGCGACGAGUAGUAGCGAGAGACCGAGAGAGCGCUGCUACUUGCGUCGCAUAAAGUAAAGCCCCUUCGCCUCUAUCUAUCUAUCCGUAUACGUAUACACUGGAAAAUAGCGCAAAAAUCGCAACCGGUUUCCCACGCCGGAAGUCGCGCUCGUGCCGUAGCAGAAAAGCCUGUAUGUAUAAUACGGAGCAAAAUUAAUCCGACGAACGAGCGUGACUGAGGUUGGAGCAAAAAAAAAACAAAAUAAGAGGGGAAAAAAAGGAGCCGCGAUAAUAUCCCGUGCACAGCAGCAGCUCCUUUGUCAGAAUUAUUCGCUUUUCACCGGGCGCUCUUAUCUAACGAUUUAUUUAUAAGAGCGAUCGUCGAUCGGAGCGAGUCAGAAAGUCUCUAUGUAACGUUGCAGAUUUGGCCUCGUGAACUGUUACAUAGUCGAGAGCUGCAGCUAUUAUACGCCACGCACUCCACUUAAAAGUAAUAAUAAAAAAAAAAACCAACAGAUAUAUACAGUAUUCCAUGUAGCUGGAGGAGGGAGGGAGAUCGUAAAAAUCGGCCGCCGCCGCCGACUCGCUUUGUGUUGUUGUUACACGAGGUCGCGUGCUGCGCAUAGGAGCGCGCUUUAUUCAUAUCAUAAACGCGCCGCGAUCGCGGACUCGAUUUUUUUUUUCUGAAAUAAUAAACGUCGUAAAAGAAAAGCUCUCGACCGGCGGAAGAAGCAAGAAGCAAGAAGCAAGAAGAAGCGACGCACCGACCGACCUCGAAACGACCAACAACAGCGAUGCCACUCGAGCUCGGUGCCAGGAUGCCAAAAGACUCGGUACAAUCGAAUUUUCCUCGCGCUCGCAACGGAUAAUACAGCAACGCAGUGAGAGCCCAAAUUGGACCGAGGGAAAGAAAGUUUCCCGCGUGGAUUCUUCGCUUUCCUUUUGUCGUACAAAGGUGCACAAAACAACGAGUCUAUUUUCGGUGUCUGUCUGUCUGUGUGUGCAUAAAAAAAGGCCAUGCAAAGUAAGCGCGUCUCUAUUCAUCCGUACGGAAUCGGUAUUCCUACCGAAAAAUUAUCGACUCUGCUCUCCGCGGGUGAAUAAUUGAGAAAGCGAGAGAUGCUGCUGCUGCACCUCGCGCAUUGAUUCAGCUCUAUUCUGUAUACAUAUGUGCGCGAAGGAAAAAAAAAGAGGCAACGAGGCACGAGAGCACAUAUAGCGCACACGGCCUUUAAACUCUGCUCUGAGAAAGUCGCAUAGCACAUCCACGUUAUAAACUAGUGUAUGUGUGUGUCUAUGUCUGUGUGAGAGAGAGACAAAAAGAGACAACGAAAACUCUCGCUCGGAAACUCGAUCUACGAGCGCAGGACGAAUAGAAAAAAAAAGUCCCUUCCCGCGCUUAAUCUGAAUAUUCGUGCAGCUCGCGCACGAGCGAGAGGGACAGAGAGAGAGAGAGAGAGAAAAAACGAGAACGACCGGAACGAUAUCGAGGAAUCGAGUCUAGCGAGCUUUGGCGACGAUCGGCGAACGAUUGCCGAUUUCCGUCUUUAAAUAUACGUGCAUUAUAGGACUUUCACUACCGUGUGUGCGAGUCCCGUGCACAAAGACGUGUCUUCCAAACAACAAAAAGAAAAAGAAAAAAGAGUUGUUUAUAGUCACAUAAGCCCGACGCCACGGAGUCGAUAUUGUACUACGUUAAUCGACGCGAUCGGAGAUCGUGGCACAACGGCAACAACGAGAUGCAGUUGGCUCAGGCACCGCAUCAGGCCCGAGCGCCGCCGGUGCCACCGCGGCCUAGUCGUCAGAUCGUCGCGGAGGCCUUGAAGAAGUCGCCGCCGCCCUGUCCGACUCGUCAAGCGCCGGCGCCACCGAUCAAUCAGAGGCCCUGGAAAAAUCACGCGGAUAAAACAACUACGGCAGCAGCAGCGGCAGCCGAUCGUGUCGACGCUAGCUGCAACAACGGCAAUAGCAACAACGCUGGCGGUCGUACGCUCGUUUACGACUCGACGAGCAGCAGAAUCAGGAGCAACGGAGGCCGAGUCGACGAAAAGAAGCAGCUGCAGCACAGCGAUAGAAUAGACGAUACCUCGAAGCGAAAAGGAGGAGAGAAAGAGAUCGAGUCCAACAAGAAGGAUAAAGACAACAACAACAACAAGGACGCGGAGCAGGACAAAGACGAGACCGACCGAGGAGGAGACGGUGCAGAUCCAAACGAGAAGGACGAGCAGCCGCCGAGAAAGAAAUCCUCCCAGCAGGCCGUGGUCACGUUCAAGGAGCGAGGAGUGACCGACGAGGAUUCGCCGUCCGAUCCUAGCCCGAAGACGACCGUCGUCCUCGUCAUCGAGGACGCCGCGCCCAAAAACGGCAACGGGAGCAGCAGCAGCCCCGAGCCCGAGAACAUCCAGACGCAGGACUGGCUCGAGGCAGGCAUAAGAUACACCUCGACCAAGAUCACUCUGCCUGCGGCCAACGAGAAUCCUCGUCGGCAUCAUCAGCAUCAGCAUCGCGCCGUUACACUGAACGGCCUCGACGGUUAUUACGAUUGCUGCUGCUCGUCGUCUACUCACAGCGCCGAGUUCGCCGACCUCGAUUUUUCCAGAAUAAUCGCCAGGAUAAACAUGUCUUCGCUGCCAGGAUUGCCGCCACUGCCUCGAAGUUUGAGUGGGUUCGGCCUCGAUAACGGCGGUCUCGAGCCCGGUCGAAGUCCGCCACCGCUGCCACCAGCCCGGGUGCCCAGUCGCGGCAGCGGCAGCAGCGGCAACCGACUGGUCAAGACGCCGAGCUCCACCAGCAGUCAAGGCUCGAGACCCUCGCCCCAGGGCGGCCGGCAGCUGACCACCCUCGACACGCAGCUGUCCAUACUCAGGCGAGAAAUGUUUGGCCUGCGCCAGUUGGAUCUGUCGCUGCUGUCCCAGCUCUGGUCUCUCAACGAGUCGAUACAGGAGUUUCGCCAGCUGCUGCAGGACCAGGAGGACAGGGCGCCGUCGCCCUCGCCCAGCAGCGACGACGGCGACGACUCGAUUUCGCUGUCGUUCACCCAUCAACUCGCUAGCGCCAUACAUCAGCAGCAACAGCAACAGCAGCCACCACCGCCGCCGAGGCGACCGGCACCAGCAGCGCCUGUGCAUCAACAGCACCAGUAUCAUCAUCAACAACAACAGCAGCAGCCACAGCAGCAGCAUCAUUACAGAAGCGCGAGGUCGCGCAAUUCCAUCUCGUCGCUCGGGCACAAUUUAGCCAACAGCGACGACUCGCCGUCGAGCGAGGAGUACGGAGCCGUAUGAGAAUCGGACGUUUAGUGCGUCGAUAGAAAAAAAACAUCAAAACGUGAUACAAAGAGUGAACUGGUUGUUGUUGUUUUUUUUUUUUAUUGACGUGAGCGACGAAUGCACUCGGCGUUUCAUCGAUAGUCUAUAUCGAGCGGUUAUUCAACGAAGCGAAUCGUUGUUAUUUAUAUAAAUAUUAUACUUGUGUAACGAGUUGCGAUUGUUGAUCAGAAUUUCAAAAAUGUCAAUUAUUCCGGAACACGUCCAUAUGCCAAGACAACGAAUAAUUGUAUUCUGAGACGAUUUUUACUAUUAGCUGUAACGAGAAUACUUACGCUUAAUGUAAGGCAGUUAUCAGAACUAUAUUCUAUGUAUAGUUAAAGUGAAAUUGUUAUACGUACAAAAUUUAGACUAAUUUGUUUAUGAUUCUUAUUUGUAUUGUUUAGUUUAGCUAAUUAUAAGCAAAUAGUGUAAAAUUGAUACAAAGAAAAUUACGUGAUAUGUUAAAGAAUGUUCACUAAAAUUACAUUUAAAAUGAUGCACAGAGGAAAGAACUGUUAUCGAUUGAUUGGACUAAAUUUGAUAUCAUUUUCUAUUGUAGCAGCAUGACCUACUAGAAUUCCCACUUUGAAGUGCGUUGAAGAAAAUAAUUUUUUUUCACAUGGUAUUUCCUUUGAUGCAGUAAAUCUAGAGCAUAAAUUGUACUUUUUGAAAAGGAGUACUCUUUUGGAUUUUUGUAAUAAUCAAAAUAUUGGGUAAAAAUGUGUUGAAACUAAUUUUUUAAUUUCAAAGUAAAAAAGCUAUUGUUAGUACAUUACUCAUUAAAACUUGUUUCGUAUAACAUGACAAUUAAUGAAUACGAACAAACACAUAGGUUAACACAUGUUUCAAUGUUAACCUAUAAACUAAAGAGCCAUUUUAAUAUUAUAUAUUUCCUAAAGUGAUAAUUAUGAAAAAAUAGAUGUAAUCAAGAAUGUGUGAUCAUAUUUGCUUCUUACGACCGAGAUCGUGUAUCGACAGGUUUGUUUACUUUUAUCGAGUACUAAAUUGAGUACUAGUGUAAAAUAAACUUUAUGCUAUAUAGUAAUACUUAAGCAUAAUUGAUAUAAUAAUUAAGACUAAAAAAGAUAGAAUGAUAAAAAUAUUUCAUUCUUAUGUUAAAGAAUGAAUUGUAUAUAUUCACUUUUAAAGUUAAAUAAAUACAAUGGUUUUAAA